CCCACUUCCGUGAAGUUGGUCCUUUUUCAGUCACUGUUCCGUCAAAUUGCCCAUUUCUAUAUUUUCUUCUUUUCUUCGCCGACCAGGGUGAAAUAGUUGCCUACCUCUUUGUUUGUGCGCCGACCAGUUGCCGGUGUAUUCUUCUACUGCUGUGUUUCUUCCUCGACCAGGUACUGUGCUUCUUAUCUUCUUCUUCGUUUCCUUCGUACGUCUGACUUUUCUUUGCUUGUUGAUUUGGAAAUGAUUUGAUUUCUGAAAAAUGAAAAUUAAAAAACAAUUUUACAUGUACAGUAUUUUACCAGAAUGGGUUUGAUUUCUAAUUUUGCUGUUUGAAAUCGUAUCAUAUGAAGGUUCUUUGAAAAUUUUUCCUGUUUGAUUGUUUGAAUUUGAAUAAGGUGUUUUUUAGGGGGAAUAAAAACAAGAACAAAACUCUAAUCUGAUUUUUUAUAUUUGUAUUAAACACAUUCAUACCAACUAUUAAAAAUAUUGUUUCAGUAAACAUGUCUACAGAUUUUUUUUUGUCAUAAAGCCAUAAAGCAGCAAUUUAUAGUUUCACUUAACAAAAGACAAAUUUUCACACAUUAGCCAGGUAAUCACAGCUCAUCUUAUAUGUAUCCUUUCUAAUUAGUUUUUGACUUCUUACUAUAGAACACUUUCAUAUUUAAUACAAUCCUUUACUAGAAUUUCUACAUUCAUUUAACCAAAAAAAUAUACAAAAAAAAUUAAUUAUAAAAUCAUAGAACAUUUGAAUGUGAGUAUGUGACACACCUGUUUGUUCUGACAUAAGUUUUCAAAGUUCAUUCAUUUAGAUCACUGAUUAAAUCUUUGAAUCUCUACGUUGAGUUUAAUUUAUCAUCUUUAUAGCCAAGUUGAACCUAAAGUACAUGUUGCUUUUUUUAAUAAUAGUUGUAUCAGUAAGCCAUGGUCCAAGCCCUAUGAAUUUAAAUGUGAAGAAUGUGUUUUUAAGGAAUACGAGAUUUGAUUAUAACCCUUAAAUGGGAAAGUAAUAGCUUGCCAAGUUGUUGAUCACGAGGUCAGAUCAAUCAUAAAAACUCUUGAAUUUGAUUAUUUAUCGUUUAAAAUUCUAUAGCAAAGAUGCAUCCAUGGGUGAGAGCACAUCCCAGAAUUUCUCACCACCCACUGACUGCUCUACGCUCACUGCGUCAACACCUCCCUCCGUCCCACGAUUCACUUCUCUUGUCCCCUUAUUUCUUCCUCCUCAUUCCACUUUUAAGUUCAGGCAUUCUUCUCUUUGUUCUGAAGGUAUUUGUUAUCACUUUCAGCGAGUUGCUUUCUUCUUUGUGCUCAAGUAGAAUCUGAAAUUGAAUUUCAAUUACAUAGUCUCAAUUAGAAUCUGUAAUUAGCUGUUUCAGCUUGUAGUCUGUGAGAUCUAAUCAUGCUUAUACUAUUGGUUUUAUAAUGCCUAGCUUGCAAAGAACUAAUGGUGUGUCACCCUAGCACAACAUGUAUACAUACUCUCCUUACAUGAUGUGAUACAAUAUAUGGAGAAGUUCUUUUAUAAUCUUAACUUGCGCCUCUUUAGACAGAAGCAUAUUACGCUUGAAGGUUGUUGGAGGCCUCAUUUUAAAGUGAAUGAUGUUUCAGCAAAGAACAAGAGCACAGUGAAAAAAGGCACACCUCUGAACUUCUGAACUAUUCUCAUCGAGGUAAGGGAAUUUUUAGAUUUUCUUAUAUGGUUUGCAGCAUAGUUAUGAAAGGCGAGCGCCUUGAUCGCCUAUGGCGUUUAUGGCGCUGUGGCGAGGCUAUGGCGCCAGGAUUGGGUUGUGCAUGGCGAUGUCCUUGAGGCGAGGAAUGGCGAUCGCCAUUUUCGAUGCUAAUUAUGGCGUAUGGCGUUCGCAAUUGACGCAAUUAAGUUGUGGGUCGAUUUUUUUCACUGUCCAGACUUCAUCCAAGGGAGUAAUUAAAUUGGGCUUGAGCCUGUUUCUAAUUAAAGAUCCGCAAUUACCUCAUCCCAUAACCCGAUCGUCGUUCCAGGCUUCCAGUCAUAACCCGAUCGUCUCUUCCACUCUAUUCAGCUGCGAAUCUGCUCCCAUUCUUCUAUCGCAGCAGCAGGUUGCAGCUUCCAGUGGCUAUUUCUCAGUCGAUUUCCUCCAAGUGGUGUCGGCAGGAGCAGGACGGUAUUAUGAAAAAUGAAAGAUUGAAACUGAAGAAUGAAUUCUCUCCUAACCCUCUCACAAUAAGAAUCUCACUGAGAAGAGGUAAUAGAAGCCAAGGAGUAUCUCCGAUGCUAUGAAAUAUAUUGAUAAACUGAUAUCCUCCCAGGAGGAUGGACUAGCAUAUUUAUAAUGCUGGAAUACAAAGAAAUAACCAAAUAUCCCUACUUUUUAGGCACUAACAGAAAGAUAAGACUAACUGACCAUGACAGCAAGAGUGGACCUAUUAUUGUGCUAACAGAUGCCAAUUAUUGUGCUAACAGAAUGGAAACACAUUUUAAAAUAAUCAGACUUAGUCAAAACUUAAGCCCUAUUAUUGUGCUAAUAAAAUAAUUAAACUCAGUCAAACUUAAGCCCUCCUUUUACGCCUCUGAUAAGUCCUGAUUGGUUUGGGAUUUGUAUCAAUACUCUCCCCCUGAAAAACCGACUUGUCCUCAAGGCGAAACUCAGGAAACUGUUGCAAUAGAAGAUCAUAAUCCUCCCAGCUUGCUUCCUCCACGGGUCUGGACUUCCACUGAAUCAGGAGCUCCAGGUGGGCUGCUUUCCAACGGUGUGCUAGCACUUUGGCGGGUUCUAAGAGCAUCACCAAGUCAUCUGAAAGGGGUAAAUCUGCAGGUGGGUCUG